UUAGGUUUUAUUCUCCAUGGGCCAGUGAACCCUUGGAGGGUUUUGAUUAGGAAGCCAAGGGAUCUGAUUUUUUAAAAGCUCCCCUGACCUCAACACGGAGAUGGAAAGCAGCUCCCCUUUCAUUCUGCCUCUGGGGAUGGCGAGGCGCCGGGAGCCUCUGAGGGGCUCCGUCUGGCCGGUGGGGACCGUCUUGAGCCUGUCCUGUCCUGUGAACCCACUUGGGGAGCGGCUAGGGUUUUAAAAUUCACUCUCCACUUUGAGGCAGUUCUUGUCCACCUUAAGUGGCCCCCACCCAGAGCCCUUGGCCCCAUAAGCACUCACGCAGAGCUUCCUGGGGGUUCUGUGUUAGUCACAUUUUCUUCUCCGAAUUACUGCCCAAGAGGAACCAUCCAUCCCUGAACGGACAGCCAAGGAUGCAAUUUGCAUUUAAAUGAUUGCUUUUAUUUACAGGAUUGGAGCUACUUUGCAUAUUCAUGGAUCAUGAGGCUUGUGUUCUGGCAACCCUGUUUACUAACCUAGGAGGGUUAUUAAAUUCAAGAGCCCGCAAAUAGGCUGGUGGUCUGGGCAACAUUAGGAAAUGAAGAUUAUGAGAUGGUGUAACUUGGAAAAGAUAUCAGAGGGUGAGAUUGUGGGUCUGGGAAAGAGCUUAAUGUCAGGAAACCUUGUAACAGUUUAAUCUCCCAGAGCAGGAAAUGCACCAUGGGCUAUAACGGAGUGGGCUGGGACAGAGUGUAAUGCUGGGGUGCGUGGGGAGGGGAGACUGCCUCCACAGCCUAAUCCUGGCCGCCUGCCAGGCAUGGGAUGAGGGCUCAAACCAGAGGUGCAGUGUAAAGGCCUCAGGUCAGGAGUUGGGAGAAAUGAGUUCUAGUCCAGCUUGGCCUGCGAAUUCCACUAAGCCUCUGGCCAAGUUGCCUCACCUCUCAUUUUCCCAACAGGAAGGACGAUGGAAUCAUGAUUGUCUUUUUAAUAAGCAGGGAUCCUGUAUUCCCUGUGGGCCAAGCACCUUGCACAGUAUUUUUCAUGUACUUUUCACACCAGCUUUGUGAAGGCAGCACUAUCUUUAUCUUUUAUAGAGGAAGAGACCGAGGGUCAGAGAGGUUAAGUAAUGCCCCAUGUCACAUCGUUAGGUCUGUCUGGCUUCACUCCCACUGAGGGCCUCCACUCUAGAGGAGACUGAUGAAAGUAUAAAUUCUGUGCCAGGCAUUCACCCAGGUACCGAUCUACUGACUAUGCCCAGGAGUAGGAAAAUCCCCUCCCCGCCUGCUCAUUUUUUUUCUUUCCCUUCCAUGUUCUAGCAUCUCCCCCAUAUCUUGUACCUCUUCAUAUGGGAAGUGGGUGGAUGGGGACGCUUAUUUCCCAAGAGAAUGGCCAGUGUCUGGUCUCUGGGUGUCCUCCCUCUGACUUCUUGACAGAGAGACCCGGUUUCAGGGCUCCCAGGCUGGCCUGGGUUUCCCAUGGGCAAACCACCUUCACAGUGAGGCUUCUGCUUAGAGCACCUGCUUUGGGGAUCAGGUGAGUUUAGAGGUUCCCAGGGCAGACCACCACCAAAGGCAUCUCCCAUUCAUACCACCUCAGGGACCGCUUUGCCUGGUGUGAUGGAGGAGGCUGGAAACCAGUGAUGGACAAACACCGGGGUGGGGGGAGCCCCUUUCCCACCCCAUCUCCACGGCAACUGCUCCCCCGGAAAAGCAGUCAGCAAAGUUCAUAACCUCUGACGAGGGAGUAUUUGCCAAUCAUUUCUAUUUAUUGAGCAGACAGUUUAUGUAAGUGCUUACCUGUGUCAACCCCACAGGAUGGGUACCGUUAACACCCCUAGUUUUGCAGAGGAGGACACUGAGGCCAGAAGGGUAAAAUCAGUUUGUCCAGGGUCACAAGGUACUAGCAGGUGGCAGGGGCAGAACUUGAAACCGGAAGAUCUCUGUCGGAAGUUCGCCCUGCUGCUAGCCCGGCCUGUGGCCUUCAGGCAGGCAGCACUGUCCUCACACAAGGAACCUUGCCUGCAUUCUUUCCAGCCUCUAUAGGCCCCAGCUCGUGGAGAAAUGGAGUGUGGUGUUCCACCACCUGCCGGAGGCUUCUGGCCCCUCUGCGGGUCGGGGGUGGGGUGGACAGAGAGAGAGAGAGAGUGUGUGUGUGUGUGUGAGAGAGAGAGAGAGAAAGAUCGUGUAUUUAAGAGCCUCUGAAUGAGUCACAUUUCUGGGAGGCUGCCUGGCAGCAGAGGUAAUUAGUAUGUGAGCUGAGGCUUGUGCAUUCGUUCACAUUUGUUCGUUCCUCCUUUUGAGGAGCCGCACGCCUACAUCCCAUGGGUUUGUUGCCAUAUAUUCAUCCCGUCCCGAUCAGCCUUGCCUGCGGCUGACUUGAAACCUCUAAUCUUGCCUUGUUCAGUUUGGGAUUCCUGGAGAACUGCUCUUUUGGUGGGAGGAAGCACCAAGUGGCUGAUGCGGCAGGAUGGGGCUUACCUGCCAAGUGGGUGCCACCUGCUUGGCUCUGGCAGGGUUGGUGAGGCAGAACGUCCGGGGGGCCGUGGCUCCUGGCUUCCCCGGCUGCACAGGUCCGAGCUUCUCACACCUCGGUGUGGCCAAGCAUCUGCGCGCACUUGGGGCUUGCUUGCCGGGCUUGUUGAAACGGAGGGGGCUAGCCCCCCCCCCCCCCCCGAGAGUCUGCAUUUCCAGAGAGCUCCCGGGUCACACUGCUGCCGUCUGAGGAUCAAACUUUGACUCGAACCUUUCCGGUCGUCUGUUCUUUCCUCUGUAAGACAGCAAUGAGCACACCUGUCCUGCUGGGGUAACAUGAGGGUCGAGACCACUUUUACCAAUUCAUCUGGUUCGGCAGCUGGGCUGUGAGCCCUGCGCGACUGGCAGGUGCUAGUGAGUCAGUGAAGAACCAGACAGACAAAGCCCUGGACCUGGGAGAGGGGGGAGCACACCCAGAGGGUAAUAAAAUAUUUGGAAAUUGUGGCACAUGCUACAAAGACAAAAAUCAGAAGGACUGGUGUAGAGCAUAAUGGGGGACAGGAGAGACUGGCCAGCAAAGGGCUCACUUACCAGGUGACAUUUCUAGAGCCCAGGUCUGUAGUAAGAGCCCAAGUAACAAGAGUACAGUUGUUUGCCGCCUGGUUCUACCACUUUCUAGCUGUGUGACCUCCAACAAGCCAGCUGACCUCCAUGUUUUAUUUCCUUUAAAACAGAGAUGGUAGUAGUAAUGGCCUCAUGGUGUCAUUGUGCAGAUUAUAAGGAGUUAGUAUAUGUGAAGUACAUAAAAGUGUGCCUGCAGCGUGGUGAGCACUACGGGUUAGUUGUUGUCAUGGUUCCUCUGGCAGUCGUAGAAAACUCUGGAGGGCAAUUCUGAACCCCCCAGCAAUCCUAGAUGAGCCAGACUCAGCUUCAUCCUGUGAGGCAGUGAUCAGCCCUCAUGAUCAUCCUAGGCAUUGUUCUGUAGAGUGGGGUGGCUGUCACCUCCUGGGCAUCCUUAACAAUGAUGAUGAUCCACUAGAGACAACGGGAUCCCACUAAAGCUCCUGGCCACCCUUGGUUGUAUCCACAUGCCUAGACAUUGGGUAGGGAGGACUUCCUGGAAGAAGGGGGGCCACAUGAUGUGGGAGGAGUCCUAGAACUUCUUUGUUGGCAAGUAACACAAACCCAGCUCAGACUGGCCUAAUCCAAAAAAGGGAAGUUUAUUGGCUGGAUGAAUCGUGGCUGAACCAUGAGUCUUGAGGGCCAACAUCUGGGCUGCAUCCUCACCCCGAAUUUGCUUGAGUGGAAUGCUGAGGUGCAUGUUUAAGAAGCACCUCUUGCCAGAUGCCUUCUGCUCUGACCCUGCCUUUCUCUCAUCGAGAGGCAGAGGUGACAUCCCUUGCAGCACCAGGCUCCUUCUCAUUUGGCGGCAUCAAUAAUUUAUCCCAGUCAAUGGCUUCACAGCCAAGGCAGGAUCAGAGCUGCUCCCGGAACCCCAUAAAGGAGCAGAGAGGGAGAGAGAGAGGUGGUCGAUACUGCAUUUACUUAGGGAAGCCCCAGGGAGACACGGGAGCUGCCUGGAUGUGGCUGGCUGCGGCCUCACACACGGGUGGAGCCAAGGCAGCAGGGCCAGCUUGAGGCGCCUGGAAACAGGCCUGAGAGCCGAGCUGUGUAGGCUGGAGCUUUCUGAAGGGCAGGCUCCGUUCAAAAGUUAAGAGCUGGUGGCAGUAGGGGCAGAGGAAAGAGUCCCGGUGAACGAGCCUCUCACUCAUUCGACAUCCACCAAGCAUCACCUUUGUGCGAGCACGGUGUGCUGGUGCUUGAGUCCACGCGAGUGGUGUCAUCUUGGCGAUUUUUUGCGUCCCCACCCCCACAGGGGACAUUCGGCAGUGUCGAAAGAUUUUUGGGUUGGGGGGAGUGGGUGUGCUCUGGGCAUCUAGGGGAUAGAGGCCAUGGGUACUGCUGAGUAGCCUACUGUGCACAGGACAGCCAAGAAGAGUCAGACCCGCAAUGUCAACGAUACCAAGAGAGAAAGAUGAAAACCCACCACGUGCUCGCCUUCCUCCUACUCUUCAUGAUCGCCUCCGGGGCUUCUGAGAAUGCCAGCACGUCCCGGGGCUGUGGACUGGAUCUCCUCCCUCAGUACGUGUCCCUCUGCGACCUGGACACCAUCUGGGGCAUCGUGGUGGAGGCGGUGGCUGGGGCGGGCGCCCUGAUCACGCUGCUCCUGAUGCUCAUCCUGCUGGUGCGGCUGCCAUUUAUCAAGGACAAGGAGAAGAAGGACCCCGUGGGCCUCCACUUCCUCUUCCUCCUGGGGACCCUGGGCCUCUUCGGGCUGACGUUCGCCUUCAUCAUCCGGGAAGACGAGACUAUCUGCGCGGUCCGCCGGUUCCUCUGGGGCGUCCUCUUCGCGCUCUGCUUCUCCUGCCUGCUGAGCCAGGCGUGGCGCGUGCGGAGGCUGGUGCGCCACGGCAAGAGCCCCUCCGGCUGGCAGCUGGUGGGCGUGGCGCUGUGCCUGAUGCUUGUGCAGGUCAUCAUCGCCAUCGAGUGGCUGGUGCUGACCGUGCUGCGCGACGCCAAGCCAGCCUGCGCCUACGAGCCCAUGGACUUCGUAAUGGCCCUCAUCUACGACAUGGUACUGCUCGUGGCCGCCCUGGGGCUGGCGCUCUUCACGCUGUGCGGCAAGUUCAAGAAGUGGAAGCAGAACGGGGCCUGCGUCCUGGUCACGGCAUUCCUCUCCGUGCUCAUCUGGGUGGCCUGGAUGACCAUGUACCUCUUUGGCAACGCCGAGCUGCGGCAGGGAGACGCCUGGGGCGACCCCACCUUGGCCAUCACCCUGGUGGCCAGCGGCUGGGUCUUCGUCAUCUUCCACGCCAUCCCGGAGAUCCACUGCACCAUUCUGCCAGCCCCGCAGGAGAACACGCCCAACUACUUCGACACCUCGCAGCCCAGGAUGCGGGAGACGGCGUUUGAGGAGGACGUGCCACUGCCACGCACCUACAUGGAGAACAAGGCCUUCUCGAUGGACGAACACAAUGCAGCUCUCCGAACAGCGGGAUUUCGCAAUGGCAGCUUGGGAAACAGACCGAGCGCUCCGUUUAGAAGCAAUGUCUAUCAGCCCACUGAGAUGGCCGUUGUGCUCAAUGGAGGGACUAUCCCAACUGCUCCGCCAAGUUACACUGGAAGACACCUCUGGUGAAAGACUUUAAGUUCCAGAGAAUAAGAAUCUCUCUUACCGAUUUUAUUCCCUGGCUGUGUCUUUCUUGAGGGAGAAAUCAGUAACAGUAGCCGAACAAGGCUGCCUCACAGCCAGGAGAUCUAGAAAUCCUACACAAGGGGAUUUCGUGUAAAUGUGAACACUGCUGAACUGAAAAGCUAACACCGACUGCCCUCCCGUCCCCUGCCAAUGACACACACACACACACACACACACAUGCACACACGUAAUACCAAACCAACCUCAAUCCCUGCAAACUAAAGCAAAGCUAAUUGCAAAUAGUAUUAGGCUCACUCGAAAAUGUGGCUGGGAAGACUGUUUCAUCCUCUGGGGGUAGAACAGAACCAAAUUCACAGCCGGUGGGCCUGGCUGGUGUUGGUUGAUUGUGGGGGUCCCCACACCAUCGCCCCUCCCCAGCAUGUGCUGGACCCCAGGUGGCCUUUUGGAGAUGACUAUUUCAUUGGGAGGACUAAUGGGGACUUUUCCACCAGCUUGCCUGUUGGUUUGCACAUUUCAGGGGGGUCAGGAGCAGUUAAGGAGUGGUGGGUGUGAUUCCAAGGUGAGGCUCGGCCGCAUCACGGGAUGAGCUUUACAGCCAGUGGUUGGGGGAGGGACCCUGGCAUGUGCCAAUGAAGAGAAGGCUCUCUGGGAGGUGAAGUGACCGUCACAUUUAGAAAGUGGUGACUCACCACUGUUCCCUCUGUGGGCCUCCUGCUGCAGGUCUACGGCAGAAAAGCAGGCCCGCCUCCCUCCUUGGGGGAGCCAGAGUAAUAUUCCCGCUUGGGGCAGCAGCCUCUUUCCCUUGAUGAGCUCUCCCUCGUCCUGCUCUUGCUGUGCUCCCCCCGAGCCCUCUCCCAGUUUUAUUCCCAUGUUCAUUUCCAAAGCUCAGAUGGGCCAUCAGCUGACAGCCCCCCCGGGUUGGCAGGCCAGAAGGCAGAUGCCACAGCGAUUCUCCACGAUGAUGUCACGUGGCAGGGCAUCCAGGGGGAGAGCACACUCUGCUGCCUAGCAUGCAGUGAGUUCUCGGGUGUGGGACGCUGACGGAGUGCAAGUUCCAGGGACGGGUAGAGCGCUCCAGGGGUUCUUGCUGCUUUUGGAGGGUAUGUGGGACAUGUUUGACUUGGUCUUCUGUAAGUUCCAUGAAAAUGGUUCUCUUCAAAGCCCAUUGUUUCUGUCAUGGUUUCCAUCUGUCCUAAGCAAGUCAUUCCUUUGUUAUUUGGCAUUUCGAACAUCUCGGCCAUUCAAAGCCCCAUGUUCUCUGCACUGUUUGGCCAGCAUAAUCACUAGCAGUGAUGCAAAGAGUUUUAACUUGACGGCAUGAAAUGUGUAAAUGAGGGUGAGUCCUUUGGCAUAUACUCUAAUGACUAUAUUGCUUUUUCUAUAAAACAACCCAUAAGCCUUUAACCUUUAAAGAAAAUGAAAAAGGUUGGUGUUGGGGGGGGAAACUGACCUCUUCAUAAGCCAAUAUGUCUGAGCUGUUUUAAUAAACCUUCUGAUUUUUCUCAAGGCCCUAGUCUCUGCUGUGUCCCGUCCUCGCCACAGUCCCCCUCCCCCCUGCAACCUUGCAGAGCAAUGGGGUAAACAAGCCAAUUUGGCCAUCCCUUUGUGGCCCUCCUCCAAGUUUUCCUUCCAGCUAGUGCAUUUCCUUGUGUUGCCACGCAUGAGGAGGAAAAAGCAUGGCACCAGAAUGCCACCCCUACCUGACCUUUGGGAAACAGCCCCACCCCUGCCCAGAGCAUGUGCUUGCUUCUAGAGAAUCAGAUUCCAAUCCUCUGUCAAGGAGCGUCAUUGGUGGACCGGAAACCGAGAGUGUUGGGGAGGAGAGAGAGGGAAAGAAGCUAGGACCCAGGGUGAGGAUGGGGGUGGUGGUUGCAUGCAGACCCAGGAUUGUGAAAAUACAGAAAUCUCCACAAACACCUCGGUCUAGUCCGAUGAAAAACGACAGCAAUACACAUUCUCGUGCCAGGAAAUGGUUGCUUACCCCCGCUCUCUGGAGUCCUUUGGAGCUCUCUGAUCCCAUCAGUGAUUCCGUCUGCAAGAGUCCCCCCCCCCCUUGCAGAAGGGAGCAAUUCACCUGAUCGUUUUCUCUCUCAGUUCUUGGUGGUCCAGGCAUAUAAGGUGAGCACAGCAUAAAUGGCUACAAGGGGAAAGUAACGUUUCACCAACAUAAAAACGGAACCAGCUUUGAGCCAUGGGAAACCUCACUUAAUGAGGCCUUUUCUCCUCCCUUUGUAAAUCUCUGAUACGUUAUUGCACUUCUGGGUUUUGUUUUAUUUUGGCUUUAAGGUUGAGAGUGGGCUGGAUGCCCUCCCAAUGGGGCAGAGGUUGGGAGUGAGGGCAGAGAGCAGAGAACUGGUAUUUUUCUAAUGACUCCACCUGAAGGGUACAAAGAGACCUCUUUGCCAAGAGACUGUGGCCGCCAGUUGCCCCCACGGAGCAAACUUUAAAUACAAAAUCAAAUGGCACCUCUGUUUAUGUAAACAACACUUGUUGAGGGAAAAUGACCUGAAGGAGAGCAUCUGUGAUCAAAAUACCUAAUUGUAAGCACAAUACUUUCUGUGUCUGGUUAUUAAAAUCACUCUGGGACUAUAACAGCCACGCUUGUCCCCCCUUUUAAUAGAAAAUGGUCAUUCUAUCCUGGAUUUCUCCACUGGAUAUGGAGGGUGGGGAGUGAGGGAAUCAGCUCAGAGAAUUGGCAAACUGGGAAAAUCUGGGGAUCCCGUCCUUUUAGCACAGAUUCCAUCAGGGCCCACCGAACAAGGGUAAACUUGGAGUGGUCUUCCAGGCCAGCCAGUGCUGAGCUGAACCCCAAACUGAAAGGGAGCGUUGUGGCUUUUAUAAUCCAAUGAUGCAAUGAUUAUACCAGCUUACAAGAGUUCUCAGCAGGUGCUUUUUAUUAAUUGAUAAAGAGCUAAAGCUCGUUUUUGAUAGAUAAUAUAUAUUUAUUAAAUGUAUUAAUGUGUGUUUUAUAAUGUACCUUUAUCCUCCCCUGGCUGACUGUUGCAUACUUAUUAAAAAAAAAUCGUUAAAGAAAUUUCAAGACAAUCAAUGUGUACCAUAAAUGACUGUAUAUAAAUAUUACAAAUUUAAAGGUUGUAAAGCAUGGGCAGAUAGGUUUUAUUUUCAAAAUGCUGUUCUUAACACAAAAAUAAAGGCUUUACUAUUUACUUAA